AUGCCGGCCGGGCUUAUGAUUCCGGCACGAAAUAUGCCAUCGAUGAUUGGUAGCAAUGGGAAUAUUAGCGGCUUUGGAUCAUCUUCAGGACUCACUCUUGGUCAGCCAAACUUGAUGGAAGCUGGCCAUCUGCACCCGCUGGACAUGGCCCCAAACACAUCCGAGAGCGACAUUGCCCGAAUCCGAGAGGAUGACUUCGACAGCGCUACCAAAUCCGGCAGCGACAACCCGGAGGGCGGUUCCGGUGACGACCAAGAUCCUCGCCCGAAAAAGAAGCGUUACCACCGCCACACUCAGCAUCAGAUCCAAGAAAUGGAAGCUUUCUUCAAGGAGUGUCCCCACCCAGAUGACAAGCAGAGGAAGGAACUGAGCCGGGAAUUAGGUUUGGAACCAUUACAAGUGAAAUUUUGGUUUCAAAAUAAGCGCACCCAAAUGAAGACUCAGCACGAGCGUCAUGAGAACACACAACUUCGUAACGAAAACGAAAAGCUUCGUGCCGAUAACAUGAGGUACAGAGAAGCCCUAGGCAGUGCCUCUUGCCCCAAUUGCGGUGGCCCGACAGCUAUCGGAGAGAUGUCAUUUGACGAACACCAUCUGAGACUCGAAAAUGCUCGAUUACGAGAAGAGAUUGACCGUAUAUCAGCAAUAGCUGCGAAGUAUGUAGGCAAACCAGUUGGGAAUUACCCUCUUCUGUCUUCACCUGUUCCUUCUCGCAGUCCACUUGAUCUUGGGGUUGGGAGCUUCGGGGGUCAGCCGGGCAUGGCAGGAGAGAUGUAUGGAGGUGGAGACCUUCUGAGAUCUAUCAGUGGACCUAAUGAGGCAGACAAACCACUGAUAAUCGAGAUUGCAGUGGCAGCCAUGGAAGAGCUAAUCAGAAUGGCUCAAAUGGGUGAACCCUUGUGGAUGACCAGCCUUGAUGGCAACACCACCGUGUUCAAUGAAGAUGAGUACAUCAGAACAUUCCCUCGUGUUGCUCCAAAACCAAGCAAUCAUUUCAAAUGCGAAGCUUCGCGCGAGAGCGCUGUUGUUAUCAUGAACCACAUCAACCUUGUUGAGAUUCUCAUGGAUGUGAAUCAGUGGUCGACUGUGUUUUCUGGGAUUGUGUCGAGAGCUAUGACUCUGGAAGUCCUGUCAACUGGAGUGGCUGGAAAUUACAAUGGAGCCUUGCAAGUGAUGACGGCAGAAUUUCAAGUACCCUCACCACUUGUUCCAACUCGUGAGAGUUAUUAUGUGAGGUACUGCAAACAGCAUGUUGAUGGCACUUGGGCUGUGGUAGAUGUCUCCUUGGACACUCUGCGCCCUAAUCCUGCACCAAGGUCAUGCCAAAGAAGGCCCUCUGGAUGUCUCAUCCAAGAAAUGCCAAAUGGAUACUCAAAGGUUACAUGGGUUGAGCAUGUCGAUGUGGAUGAACGUGGUGUUCACAAUCUGUACAAGCAGCUGGUUAACUCCGGCAACGCAUUUGGGGCAAAACGAUGGGUUGCUACCUUGGACCGUCAAUGUGAACGUCUUGCCAGUGCCCUGGCAUCAAACAUCCCUACUGGUGAUGUUGGUGUGAUUACAAAUCAAGAAGGCAGAAAAAGCAUGUUAAAAUUGGCUGAAAGGAUGGUCAUAAGCUUCUGUGCUGGAGUAAGCGCAUCAACCACUCACACAUGGACAACGCUGUCUGGGACCGGGGCUGAUGAUGUUCGGGUGAUGACCCGAAAGAGUGUGGAUGACCCUGGCAGGCCUCCCGGUAUUGUGCUCAGCGCCGCCACAUCUUUCUGGCUUCCAGUUCCUCCCAAAAGGGUAUUUGAAUUCCUCCGUGAUGAGAACUCUCGUAAUGAGUGGGACAUUCUUUCCAAUGGUGGAAUUGUUCAAGAAAUGGCACACAUUGCUAAUGGUCGCGACACUGGAAACUGCGUCUCUCUACUGCGAGUAAAUAGUGCGAAUUCAAGCCAGAGCAACAUGCUGAUACUGCAAGAGAGCUGCACAGACCAAACAGCUUCUUUUGUGAUUUAUGCUCCAGUGGACAUUGUUGCCAUGAAUGUGGUACUAAAUGGGAGUGACCCUGACUAUGUUGCUCUUCUUCCUUCUGGCUUUGCCAUCCUUCCAGAUGGAGGAGGCAUGGGAGAUUCUGGCUCUGGUGGUUCCCUUCUUACUGUUGCCUUUCAGAUUCUGGUUGAUUCUGUCCCCACCGCCAAGCUCUCUCUCGGAUCGGUGGCAACAGUUAACAAUCUGAUUGCUUGCACUGUGGAGAGGAUCAAAGCUGCAUUGUCUUGCGACACUGCAUGA